AUGCCAAUCAUAGGGACGCGAUCAUUGAGAUCGCUGCGAGUCACCGGGGGAAUCUUGAUGUUCUUUUUGCUUUUGACAUUAUUGGGACAGUUCUACGUGAAAAAUGCAAAUCCGGUCCUUUCCGUAACCAGCCUUUCCAAAAGAAAUUCUUCGUCAGCACUGGCGCUCAAGGCCGAUUCCCUCGGAAGCGAUGUGAAGGGAGUCCACCAAAACAUGAGAGGUAACUCGGAAGGAAACCAACUUAAAGGCAUCUAUUCGAAAGCACGAACCGACAGAUCCGGGUCGGCGAUUCUAGACAUGAUGUAUGCGCAUUCCUAUGCAUUUCACAACAACAUGACAUACCUCGGUGCUUGUUGGACAAACCCAGAGGAUAAUCGCUACCAGCGCGUUGAGACGCAUCAGCACCUACUCAUUGGUCUAGGUCUCGCAGAGGAACUCAAGUUUGCCUGCCCCGCAAACUUUACAGAUAUAUUGGAUUCAUCCAUCUAUACUCACAACGGUUCUCAGCGAUGGUCUUCAAAAUGGUUGGCAUACAUCAGAUCGAGAGUGAACUACCCGGAGAGAAUAGCAUCCGCUUCACAUCAGACAGCGGUACACAUACGCAGGGGGGACGUUGAUCCGUGCACUCGGGGCGGGGCGUCUAUCAAAUUUCGCUACUUGACGAACGCAUACUACCAAGCAGUGAUUGAUACAUUCGUUCCUACGAAUAGCAACGUCACGAUAUACUCCCAGCUAAAAUCGUACGAGAGCUUGGGCGAUUUUCAAAAAUAUAACGUUUUUGUCAACACGAGUAUGGCGGAUACGUGGCGAGAAAUGAUGACGGCGGACACUAUCAUACUUUCUAGGAGUUCGUUCUCGUUCGUUCCAGCUAUUUUGAACAAGCAUGGCACCGUACUGUACGCGCCGUUCUGGAUUCCCAAGGCCAAUGGAUGGAAAACUGUGCCAGAAAAUAUCACCAAGCAAUCCGACUUUGAUUCGUCAAGGCUACGAGCGGCAGCGGGCUGUGGGCGAUCGCCAUAG